GCCAAGAAGAAGUGUGGCAGAGGCCAAUUUUCUUUUUCGAGAAAUUCCUUCGCCCAAUCAUUUGUGUGUAUGGGGAAAUCGGAUGUGGAAUCAGCGGUGUUGAAUCAGCGCCCAGAAAGGAUCAGAGGGUCGAAAUUGGAUUCGUGAAUUGUUCAUCAUGGAAGACAGAGAGACACCCCGAUACGUUUCUCUCUGAGAGAACAAUCCGUGCGAGUGUCUGUGUAAUCUCGUUGACGGCAAAUCGACAAAGCCAUCGAGCGCAUCGGAACCCAAAUCUUUGCUACUGCCUCUGAAAUUUCGAACCCUCCUUGUGUUUUGAUCUCUAGGAGUGAAGGGAAGAGGGUGGCUUCUGAAGUUAUGUCAUCAUCUUAUCGAGUUCUUCCUAAGCCAUUUGAAGAAAAGUAUCCCAAAUUGCCUGUUUCUUGUCAGGGUUCUUCACAUAGUGAAGCCAUGAGACAUCCAAUUCCCAGGCAGGCCCCUCCGUUAGUUUCUGGCACUGUUGGGCAUUUGUUUUCAUCAUCUUCUGGAUUACGAAAUGGUUUUCCGUUGAUUCAACCUUUGUCUCAAGAGAGAAAUGCUGAGUUUUCUCGGUUCAUUUCGUCGUCUGCUAAUGAUGAACCGUUGUUGGGUCCUCGAGAUUCUUCCCAUUCAGAAGUGAUGACUAAUAACUUGAAUGAGAAUAAUGCAUCUUGGAGUGAUGAUACCCUUCAGGGUUUGCUUGAUUUUUCUGAGAAUGUUCCUGACCAGAAUGGUCAAGCGCAAAGCAUUGCUGGUGUGUUAAUGGCAGAUGAACAAGAUAAGAGGAAUGAUUGGCCUGAUUGGGCCGAUCAGUUUAUUUCUGUGGAUGAUGCUUUGGAGCCAAAUUGGAAUGAAAUUUUUUCUGAUGGUAAUGGAGGUGAUCCUAAACCAGAGUUGCUCAAAUCAUCAUCAGCUGGUUUCCAUGCUCCACAGAACCAAACGAAUCAAGUUGACUCUGUACCUACAGCAGAGUUUCAUUUGGUUUCUUCUAAUUCACUCUCAACAUCGACUAACCGACCUCGGAUGCGAUGGACACCAGAGCUUCAUGAGGCAUUUGUAGAAGCUGUCAAUAAACUAGGCGGCAGCGAAAAUGCAACUCCUAAGGGUGUCUUAAAGCUUAUGAAUGUUGAAGGCCUCACCAUUUAUCAUGUCAAAAGCCACCUACAGAAAUAUAGAACCGCAAGAUAUAAACCGGAGUCAUCAGAAGGAUCUUCAGGGAAAAAAAUAAAUCAUAUUGAGGAAAUGAAGUCUCUUGACUUGAAAACGAGUAUGGGGAUAACUGAAGCUUUGCGUUUGCAAAUAGAGGUUCAGAAGCGGCUCCAUGAACAACUCGAGAUCCAAAGGAAUUUACAAUUACGAAUUGAAGAACAAGGUAAGUACCUACAGGAGAUGUUUGAGCAACAACGAAAGAUGGAAAGCAAACUAAAGACCUCAUCAUCGAUCCUCGAGAACAUGCCUCGUCCUAAUGAUCAACCCGAAAAUUCAGAACAAGGUCAUGUUGCAGCUGGUAUGACCACGGAGAACGCUCGAGAAGAAGAUGGUUCGCCUGCUGCAAGUAGGAAGCAGAAGGCACAUGAAAGAGAAGCGAUCGAAUUGAGUGAAGGUAACUCUUCUUCCCCAGACACAAAACGAGCUAAAUCGGAUGCAACAGCUUUAUAGCAGUCUGUUUCGGAGUCAAGAUGUUCAUUGAUGGAGCUCUGAAACCAGGGAGAAUAUAAGUGUAUACCAAUCCUUGCAGUACAAUUGGAAACAAUUGGCUUCUUCCUUUAUUAUCAAGGUGGGAAGCCAUUUGGCAAUUGACUUAGGAGCUCUCCCAACUAAUUGUGUAUAAGAUUAUUGGCCUUAGUGGAUUGUGAUCUUCACACUCUCUCCAUUUUAUGCAUUGUCUCGAGUCUCGAUCUUGGUUCGGGUUUCGGGUUUGACUUGCUAUCGAACUUCGGACAAAAUAUUGUUGUUUUUACUUUUUUCUCAUUUGUUAGGUAAUAAAUAUUUGUAAGUGGGAAAAAUAUAUACUCCACUUUUGGUUUAAU